GGAGGGGCCGCUGCUCGGCGCUCGCGGCUCUGGGGGCUCGGCUUUGCCGCGCUCUGUGCACUUGGGCGAGAGCAGAACGUGGAACGGACCUCCGAUCCCAGCGCAGCCACCGCGAUGAGAGGCGCUCGCGGCGCCUGGGAUUUUCUCUGCGUCCUGCUCCUCCUGUUCCGCGUCCAGACAGGCUCUUCUCAACCAUCUGUGAGUCCAGGGGAACUGUCUCUACCAUCCAUCCAUCCAGCAAAAUCAGAGUUAAUAGUCAGCGCUGGCGACGAGAUUAGGCUGUUAUGCACCGAUCCAGGAUUUGUCAAGUGGACUUUUGAGACCCCGGGUCAAUUGAGUGAGAACACACACAACGAGUGGAUCACAGAGAAAGCGCAGGCCGCCAACACAGGCAAUUACACGUGCACCAACAGAGACGGCUUAAGCAGGUCCAUUUAUGUGUUUGUUAGAGAUCCUGCAGAGCUUUUCCUCGUUGACCUUCGCUUGUAUGGGAAAGAAGACAAUGAUACACUGGUCCGCUGUCCUCUGACAGACCCAGAGGUGACCAAUUACUCCCUGAGGGGGUGCGAGGGGAAGCCUCUUCCCAAGGACCUGACGUUUGUCGCUGAUCCCAAGGCUGGCAUCACGAUCAGAAACGUGAAGCGCGAGUAUCAUCGGCUCUGCUUGCACUGCUCUGCAGACCAGAAGGGCAAGUCCGUGCUGUCCGCGAAAUUCACCCUGAAAGUGAGGGCAGCCAUCAGAGCUGUACCGGUGGUGUCGGUGUCCAAAGCAAGCUCUCUUCUUAGGGAAGGGGAAGAAUUCUCUGUGACGUGCUUGGUAAAGGAUGUGUCUAGUUCCGUGGACUCCAUGUGGAUCAAGGAGAACAGCCAGCAGACUAACGCGCAGACGCAGAGUAAUAGUUGGCAUCAGGGUGACUUCAAUUUUGUACGUCAGGAAAGGCUGACGAUCAGCUCAGCAAGAGUUAAUGAUUCUGGAGUGUUCAUGUGUUAUGCCAAUAAUACUUUCGGAUCGGCAAAUGUCACAACAACAUUGGAAGUCGUAGAUAAAGGAUUCAUCAAUAUCUUCCCCAUGAUGAAUACUACGAUAUUUGUGAAUGAUGGAGAGAACGUGGAUCUGGUUGUUGAAUAUGAGGCAUACCCCAGACCUGAGCACCGGCACUGGGUCUACAUGAACAGAUCCUUCGCUGAUAAAUGGGAAGAUUAUCCCAAGUCUGACAAUGAGAGUAAUAUCAGAUAUGUGAGUGAACUUCAUCUAACCAGAUUAAAAGGGAAUGAAGGAGGCACUUACACGUUUCAAGUGUCCAAUUCCGAUGUCAGUUCUUCCGUGACAUUUAAUGUUUAUGUGAACACAAAACCAGAAAUCCUGACUCAUGAAAGUCUCGUGAACGGUAUGCUCCAGUGUGUGGUAGCAGGAUUCCCAGAGCCCACAGUAGAUUGGUAUUUUUGUCCAGGAACCGAGCAGAGAUGUUCCGCUCCUGUUGGGCCAAUGGACGUGCAGAUGCAAAACUCAUCUGUAGCACCGUCUGGAAAACUCGUGGUUCAGAGCUCCAUUGAUUACAGUGCAUUCAAGCACAACGGCACAGUCGAGUGUAGGGCUUACAACAAUGUGGGCAGGAGUUCUGCCUUUUUUAACUUUGCAUUUAAAGGUAACAGCAAAGAACAAAUCCAUCCCCACACCCUGUUCACACCUUUGCUGAUUGGUUUUGUGAUCGCAGCUGGUAUGAUGUGCAUUAUCGUGAUGAUUCUUACCUACAAAUAUUUGCAGAAACCCAUGUAUGAAGUGCAGUGGAAGGUGGUUGAGGAGAUAAAUGGAAACAAUUACGUUUACAUAGACCCAACACAGCUUCCUUACGAUCAUAAAUGGGAGUUUCCCAGAAACAGGCUGAGUUUUGGGAAGACUUUGGGUGCCGGUGCCUUCGGGAAAGUGGUUGAGGCCACUGCGUAUGGCCUCAUUAAGUCGGAUGCGGCCAUGACUGUUGCCGUCAAGAUGCUCAAACCAAGUGCCCAUUUAACCGAACGAGAAGCCCUAAUGUCUGAGCUCAAGGUCUUGAGUUACCUCGGGAACCACAUGAAUAUUGUGAAUCUUCUUGGAGCCUGCACCGUUGGAGGGCCCACCCUGGUCAUUACCGAAUAUUGUUGCUAUGGUGAUCUUCUGAAUUUUUUGCGAAGAAAACGUGAUUCAUUUAUUUGCUCGAAGCAGGAAGAUCACGCCGAAGUGGCACUUUACAAGAACCUCCUUCAUUCAAAGGAGUCUUCCUGCAAUGAUAGUACUAAUGAAUACAUGGACAUGAAACCCGGAGUUUCUUAUGUUGUGCCAACCAAGGCAGACAAAAGGAGAUCGGCGAGAAUAGGCUCAUACAUAGAAAGAGAUGUGACUCCCGCCAUCAUGGAAGAUGACGAGUUGGCUCUAGACCUGGAGGACUUGCUGAGCUUUUCUUACCAGGUGGCCAAGGGCAUGGCCUUCCUCGCCUCAAAGAAUUGUAUUCACAGAGACUUGGCUGCUAGAAAUAUCCUCCUUACUCAUGGUCGAAUCACAAAGAUUUGUGAUUUUGGUCUAGCCAGAGACAUCAAGAAUGAUUCUAAUUAUGUGGUCAAAGGAAACGCUCGGCUACCUGUGAAGUGGAUGGCACCUGAAAGCAUUUUCAACUGUGUGUACACAUUUGAAAGUGAUGUCUGGUCCUAUGGGAUUUUUCUGUGGGAGCUGUUCUCUCUAGGAAGCAGCCCCUACCCCGGGAUGCCAGUCGAUUCUAAGUUCUACAAGAUGAUCAAGGAGGGGUUCCGAAUGCUCAGCCCUGAGCAUGCACCUGCCGAAAUGUACGACAUCAUGAAGACUUGCUGGGAUGCUGAUCCCCUGAAAAGGCCAACGUUCAAGCAGAUGGUGCAGCUCAUUGAGAAGCAGAUUUCAGAGAGCACCAAUCAUAUUUACUCCAACCUGGCGAACUGCAGCCCCCGCCAGGAGCGCCCUGCCGUGGACCACUCCGUGCGGAUCAACUCUGUGGGCAGCAGCGCGUCUUCCACUCAGCCCCUGCUGGUGCACGAAGACGUCUGAGGCAGGAGGCGUGCCGGGAGGGGUCUCCCCAGCAGGAGUGAUCCCUGUUCUUUCGGUCUCUAUACUGGUUGUUUUGUUCUUCUUCGGCUUGCAUCCUAUUCCAGAGUAGUGGACACGCCGCUGUAAUCCCAUCUUGACACGCACACUUUAGUGGCCUGUGACUUUGGUCACCAGCCACCAUCCCGUUGUAAGAGUUCAAACUGCAUCUUCUACUCCCCAUAGCCAGGCAGCGCCCAUGAAUGAAAAUAAUAAUAAUAAUAAUAAUAAUACAGACUUGGAGCAAGGGAGGGUGGGAUGGACUGGACACCCCGAGUCCUUUCCAAGGCUUUUCCAGUUUCUGUUUGAACAGCAUGGUUGGUAGUAUAUUUGAAUAAAUGGCAGUAGUCGCCUUCGGGCCUCCUAACCAUCCAUCGUGAUACGAUGAUGCAGCAAGAGUAGAAGCUGAAACCUGAUCUCUUGAUGUGGAAAAUGGAAUGUUAUUAGAACAAAGGGCAGAAGUCUGUGAAUAUCUGGGCUUAAGAAAUGUGGUAUUUCAUGCUGGGAAUGAGACAUAGGCCAUGGAAAAAUGCUCCCGAGCACGAAGGACGUGCUGCUGUGCGUGAGCCUUUGUACUACUGACCAGGUUUGUAAAUAGAGUUUGCUGUUAGGACGCCGAACUGGAGAGAAGCCUCCCCGGCUGGCUUCUGUAUAUACUCAUCUCUACAUUGUACAUGUUCAUAUAUUCAAGGGGGGACAACCUACCAGAGGUGGUUUCUGGAUAUGACCCUGGCUCAAGUCUGCUGUGUGUAGAAAUAGAUGAAGAGCCAGACGGGUUUGAAGGAAACCGUGUUUUCUGUUUUGUUUUUGUUUUUAAAGGAAAAAAAAAAACCAUAAUUGCCAAGCACAAUCUUAACAAAAAUCUCCUUUCGUAGCCUAUGAACUUGCUCCACAGAGUCUCCAGAACAAGCCUGCCAGCUUCAGAAUGGCAUUGGGCUCAAUGGAUUUGAUGCCAUUUGGAAAAGUGACUGAUUCACUGCCUGACUCCCGCAGGAGGGACAGAACAGGGCUGUUUUCAUUUGGAAUUCUUCGGUAGCCAGAAAUUAAAUUGAGUUUCAGCUGCCUCUGCAGACGUGUCCUGGACGCCGGGCCAGUACCUAUAUGAGAGAGAGAGAGAGAGAGUGUGUGUGUGUGUGUGCGCGCGCGUACGUGCUUGUAGGCAGAUAUUUCGGGGGUAUUCUUGCCUUGAGCCCAAGAGGGUCUUCGUACUCAAGGAGUAGCUUGGCCCUCAUCAUCAGGACCCUCUUGUUUCUCUUCACCUGGCUGUCUGCAGGAGCCUCCCCAGAACGCACGUAGCAUCCACACAGGAAGCAGAGUGCUUAAACUCUGCUUAUUUGCAGUCCACUUACACUUCAAGCUCCCUGUUCAUACUCAACAUACUGUACCCAUUCCUUAGACCCAUCCCCCCGCUAAAGCAUAUUUAAAUUUUACCCCUUCGGCUGUAGCCCAGAGAGUUCACCUUUCUUUCUAUUUUUUCUUUUUUUUUAAAACUCACUGCCCAGCUGUCAGAGGUCUUUGUGUGUGCUGCAAGGUUUGUGUGUUGUCUCGCGAGAUUCGGGUAUGCUGCCUUCACGGUUCCCCCUCCUGGGUCCCUAAGACUACAUUUAGAGAACUGUGGUCAUUUAUCUGGAAGUAACCAUUUGCACUGGAGUUCUAUACUCUCGCACCUUUCCAAAGGUAACAGGUUUUGGGGUUUUGUUGUUACACGAGAGAUCGUCGCUGUUUGCCAUCCUUUGUCGGAAAAUUUUCUUUGUGUUUCUCUUGACUUUGAUUAUAGUCAGAAACGUGGUUGUUAAUUGUAGGUGUCUAGGUACUUCAGGGGCACUUCACUGAGAGUUUUGUCUUAGGUAUUCUUGAAAGUUUAUAUUUUUAUAAUUUUUUUUUUUACAUCGGAUGUUUCUUUGCAGUGGCUUAAUGUUUGAAGUUAUUUUAUGGCUUUUUUUUGUAAAUAUUGAAAUGUAGCAAUAAUGUCUUUUGAAUAUUCCCAAGCCCAUGAGUCCUUGAAAAUAUUUUUUAUAUAUACAGUAACUUUAUGUGUAAAUAUGUAAGCGGUGCAAGUUUAAAGGAUGUCGGUGUUCCAUGUGUUUUUUCCUGUUAUGUUGUCCAAUUGUUGACAGUUCUGAAGAAUUCUAAUAAAAAUGUACAUAUAGAAAUCAAGUGGAAUUUUUUGAUUA